CAGGGACCCGGUGCGCCCCAUCAUGGCUCCAGCCCAGAAUGAUCCGUAAUGAUAAGGUAAUACACGGACUAGAGCUCUUAUCGAUAAGGUGGCCUCCUAGCGCCCGCGACAUUAUUGUCAUGGAGACUGCAUUGGUGACCCCUCCGAGUCUAUCCUCCCUUCAGCGCUUCCGUGCAUGGGCCGGGGGGCCUUGGAUGUGCUUUUAUGAGUGGUGAUUGAGCUACCUGGCGGACGGAUACAAAAAGGCUCGAAGCUUCCUCCCUGUCCCGGCUGCUUGUCUUCUUCCCAUCAUCUACGUCCCCAAUAUAGAACGAACGUCUCGUUGUCCCCUCUCUCCAAACAAUCCAUUUAUACACCAAACUAUUCACCAUGGCUCCCAAGAUCGCCAUUGUUUAUUACUCGAUGUACGGGCACGUUGCCAAACUGGCGCUGGCCGAGAAGAAGGGCAUUGAAGAAGCCGGCGGCACCGCCGACCUCUACCAAAUCCAAGAGACAUUGCCGCAAGAAGUCUUGACCAAGAUGCACGCACCGGGCCCGAACCAGGACGUUCCCUUCAUCACUCCGGACAUCUUGAAGACAUACGAUGCGUUCCUGUUCGGCAUCCCGACGCGCUACGGCAACUUCUCCGCUCAAUGGAAGACGUUCAUCGACCAACUCGGGCAGCUGUGGAUGGGCGGCGCCCUGCACGGCAAAUACUUUGGUCUGUUCGUCAGCACCGGCACCUUGGGCGGUGGCCAGGAGACCACGGCCAUCACGGCGCUCAGCGCCUGGGUCCACCAGGGCAUGAUCUACGUUCCGCUCGGUUACGCAAAGACGUUCGACCUGCUGGCCGAUCUCUCCGAGGCCCGUGGCGGUUCGCCUUGGGGCGCAGGCACUUUCGCCGCCGGCGACGGCAGCAGACAACCUUCGGCCCACGAGCUUGAGCUCGCCACCGCCCAGGGCAAGUCGUUCUACGAGACCGUGUCCCGCGUCAACUUUGCUUGACUAGAUGGCAGCGCUGCCGGAAAGGCUACUACUACUACUACUACUACUACUACUGGGACGACAACGACGACUGCCGCCCAUAAUCAAACAACGACAUCAACAACAACACCCGCCGCCGCGAAGACUAACACCACCCCCUCUCAGCGUCUGGAUACCGAUGAAAAGGAGGAGAGUGGGCCCUGUGGUCUACCUAAGAAGUGCGUCAUCCUCUAGAAGGGGAAUUGGUUGCUGGGACCUGUAACACAAGUGACAAACAAGCAAUAUGGCCCCUAUACCAGUACCUACUGAUAAAAUCCCGUUUCUUUCAAUACAAAAAUACCUAUUUGCCCUGCAUGUUGCACAAACAGAAAAAGAGCACAAUACCCAUAGCAUUAUCGACUUAUUAUAGUUUUGCAAUCCAUCUUUACCCUUCACCCUGAUGGUGGGAAUCCAUUCCAAAUCAUAAGUAAUCGAUCGUGACCCUUGAUGCGUUUUCCUCUGUGCCAUGCUAAGACCUGC